CUUAUAACCAUGAUUAUAACCUAAAUUACUGUCUGCAGACUUUUAUGAGAUAUUGUUCGUAAAUAACAGAGAUAUAUCUUAUGUUUAAAGUAUCGAUUGUCACAGUCUAUUCGGGAAUAUGUCGGGAAAAGGGAAGCAGAGCUCGAAGAAGACCAUUCUCAAAGUGCGCGAAUCCGGGAAGAGCGCGCAGUCUUCGGUGGCAGCCACCGAUACAACCUCGGAGACAUCAGAACCAACCACGUCCCAGGUCAUUUUGAAAACGGUCGACAGCAAACAGUUGCCCAAGUACACCAGCAUCCUGAAGCGCACGCCAGAAGAGGGUGUUGGUAUGGAUGAUCUCGACACAUUGCAACUGGAACUGGAAACUCUACUGUCAGCGGUUGUCGUGCGACAUCGCAAUCUCCAGGAGGAGAUCUCCAACCUGUCGGCGGAGGAACGAAGAGACAGACGAUCGAAGAGCGGAAAGGGAUUGUCUUUGCUCGACAAAAAGGUGCGCGAGGAGAAAUUCAAGCCAAAGGACAUCAACACGAAGAGCCAGUCACCUCUGCACACAAAGCUCUUCAAACAGAAAACUGUAGGGAGCUCGGCCAGUCAGGUGGUGCCAAAUUUGCACGACAUCUCGAGAAUUGAGGGAUCCAAAUCAGACGCACCAAAGUUCUUACCAAAAAAUGACAUACCCAAUAAAUUCUGGGCCUCGGUAGAUCCUUACUGCACCGACAUCAUGCCUGAUGAUAUUAAAUUAUUGGAGGAACUUAUUGCCACGCACAGUGACAUAAGCGAAUUCAAGAAGAUCCCACCCCUGGGUCGUCACUACAGCUUGAUGUGGGCACAUAACGAUCUACUGCAGGAAGAAGACGCAGCGAACCCAAAUAGAGAGAAAAAAAAGGGCCGCAACACAGACAUAACAAAUUUGAUCACAAAGAGCGAGAAAAAAACCAACGGUAUCGCGACUAACGGUAUCGUGGGACCGAUCACGCAAAGAUUGGUUACCGCACUUAUGGAGGAGAACGUUUACGUCGCGAACAACAACACGGAGAACAAAUUAUUCCGGGACGGAGAUCCGCCCGUUCUGAGAGAUCUCACCAUUCAGAAUUCCAUGAAUUUGGAAUUGCGAAUGCGUAAAGAAUUAAUUGACCAAGGAAUUUUGGAGCCCGACACGCAAAAAAAGAAUCAAGAGGAUGACGAGAUUCUGGCAGAGGUCAAGAGAUGUCAACAGGAACUCGCCGCGCUGUCGAGUCACAACGUCACGCAACUGAAAAGACUGUUGAAUUUGGCCCAGGAGGAAAGCAAGAGACAGUUGUUGAAACGAAAAAUCAGCGUGGCUGAUAACGAAGUGAUAGAGCAUUACAAAAAGUUGACUCUUGCGAAACAGAGGAAGGUACCGUUGUCGAGGAAGGAUCAGGAGAAAGCGUGGGCGUGUCUAAAGGAAAGGGAAAACCUCCUAGAACAAUUAAACACUGCCAAAUAAUGAUCCAGCAAAAGCCUAUACAUACAUGGGCUUUUUUUCCUAGCGUUAUAAAUAUGUAUAUUUAAACCUCGUCUCCGCACGGUGUGGUGUACAUGUGCAUUAACGUAAACAUGAGAGAGAACCUCUCUAGGAAGCGGAAGUCUCUCCUUUCGGAGGACAUUUACGUGACACUCAUCACGUAUCGCGGUGUAUAUGCGUACUCGAGACCACAUCUACGAAAAGAACGAAUUGUCUUCGCUUUAAACACACACAAAAACAACUUGAGAAGUUUAAUAGAAACAGCGAAAAUAUCAACUGUUGAUUACAUAUAUAUAUUUCAACGUUAAAGAUUCUAUUUUUAAGAGACACUUAUAUAAGUUCGUGUGUGUAAAGAAAACUCGAUGUAUAAAAAAAAAAGUAAAGCUAACUUUUCAUUUUUUUUUUUUUUUAUAUCAUUCACUUUAAUUCAAGGUGUUAGCUCCGUCAUAUCCACAAUGCCUAAGCUUAUUGUGAUAAUUUCCCUUUUUUCAUUACUGUAUGAUAAUUUUACCGUUUCAUGCUUCACAUAUUCUUAGAGUAAAGAUCCAUUAAAUGUAUCAUAUUACAGUAAAUAAAUUGAAUACAAUAGAAUUGUAUUGUCACGUACAUGUACAUUUCGUGAUAUCUGAUCAAGUACACUCUCUCCCCCUUCUUUCUGUUUAGCGGUACAUCUCCGAGACUUUUAUUAGAUACCGUAAAUAGAAAUAAUUUUAUUUCACAUAAACACUUUUGUGUAAAUGGUCGUACUUAGAUUCAAAUUUUUAGAACCGCAGUAGUUCGUAAACGAGACAACUUCAAACACACACUAAAAAAAAAGACCACAAAGGAAAAAUUGUAAACAAACAUUUGCGAAAAAUCCAUGUUCACGACAAAGAUGUUUAUUCGUUUCACUGUACAAUGAAGUUUUUUUUUCUUAUCGUCGAGAAUUGCCUUAACAACGUGCGUACGCGACGGCACAACAAUGAUGAAUUCCUU